AAAACCCCGAGAGCGACGCGCCUUCAUUCAUUCACAGCCCCGCUGAGGACAUCGAACGAUCGACCGCCGGACUAUUCUCGACCAGCGCCAAACAAAACGAAAAACACAGAGACGAUGAAUUCUGUGUGCUUUGCCGCUCCUCAUUCUAUAUAUAUGGACAGUAAAAUCCAACUGACAAGCAGCCCAGCUUCCCUGUGGAGACCGUGGCUCGUGACAAGAAAAGAUGCUCAAACCAAAUGCAGAAGGACCAAGCUGGCUUGUCCUUACUCCAGGCCAGAAGUGCCCGGUAACACUACAACAGAUGGCAAAAUGCAGUCUUUCCAGCACCCUGUCAGACUCUACUGGCCCAGAUCGAAAUCUUUCGACUACCUCUUCAGCGACGGAGAGGCUCUGCUCAGAAAUUUCCCAGUGCAGGCAACCAUCAACUUCUACGAUGAGUCUGACAGCGAGGAUGAAGAGGAAAGCUGUGAUGAAGAUGACGAAAGUGUUGUCGAGGACUGUCUGAAACGCAACAGUCACUUCACAGCUUACAACUGAAGCCUCAGCCUCCCCGUCUGUGCAAAUCUGACGUCACCAGGAGGAGAAGAUCAUAAAUUUAACAUUGACACUGCAUCGCGCUCUAUUAGAGAAGCCGUGCUAUGAAUAAUUCAGCCCACAGACGUGGUCUUUCUAAAGCACAGACUGAUUUUAAGGAUUGUUUUGCACAGGAAAUAUAAUUGCAGAUGCAGAAAUUUUGAGCAUGAAUGUAAUUCCUGUUUAAAACAGUGAAAAUGCAAUCCCACAUUGGGAAAUGUCGAUUCAGGUCGAUCUCAGGGUUCUUCUUUUGUAUAUAAAAUUCUAUUAGUAUUCUAUUAUUCAUCCCUAACUUAUGAUGUACAUUUUAUGUAUAUACAUAUAUGUAUU